AUGGCGGAGGGCAGUGGCGCGGACGACGAUGCGCUGCUGCGGGAGUUCUUCGCUGAGGUCGGCGCGGUGGAGAGGGAUAACGAAGUAAACAGGGUCCUGGCGUGUUUCAAGCUGAAUCCGUUCGAGCAGCUGAACCUGCCGUUUGAUGCAAAAGUGGAGGACGUCAAGAAGCAGUACCGCAAGGUGUCUCUGAUGAUUCACCCGGACAAGUGCAAGCACCCUCAAGCACGAGAAGCAUUCGAUGUGGUGGCCAAAGCACAGGAGAAGCUUCUGAGUUCAGACGAAUGGGGUUACCUCACAUCGCAGUUUGCAGCCGCCAAAGAGGAUGUCUUGAGAGAGCGCAAGAGGAGGCUGAAGAAGGAGAGGCAAGGCAAGUCGGCUGCAGACGGGCUGUCUAAAGCAGAGGAGGAAGCGGCCUUCCUGGCAUCAUCCGAGUUCAAGGAGCUGUGGCGGUUGAAGGCCCGUGAGCUUCUCACAGCGAACGAAUGGAGGCGAAGAAAACUCUCAAAGCGGGUGCUCAUGGUUUUGUUCUUUCACGUUUUCUGA